AUGGCAAGCCAGUUUGCCGGCCUGCACAUGCGGGUGGUGCUGAGAGACCCUCCUGGGCACCAGCUCACAGGCACCGUUCGCGAUGUACAGGCAGGAAGCAGCCUCACCUUGACAAACGUAUUCAUUGUUGCAACGCGAGCAUGGGUCCCCCAUAUGCGAAUCGAUGCCUCCAACAUUGCCGAUCUCUCAGAAGUCAAUUGUGACGACAGGCCAGAUCAGAACCCUCUGCCUGCUGAGAAACCUACGGUCUCAACGCACACCGUGCAGCAGCCGCCGAAUCAGUUAGCUGCACAGACUGCACAAACUCCGACUCAGCCGGCCCAGGCAGCCUUUGUCGAUCCGGCUAUUCUGAGUCUAGGAAGACGACCCAAAUCAGCUGCGUCUAGCAAACUGAAGAGUGACCCUGAAAAGGCUGCAGACCAAAUUGACCCAACAGGACAACCGGAAGUCUUAUAUGGCAUUCAUGUGGGGCGGUCAUCGGUCGACUCUGGCGACGACAACAACCUGGUGGCGUCGGUGAAGGAUUUGAAGAUAGACUCAACAGCCACUCCGAAAGGUCUGUCGAAUAACAAACCUCGACACGUCAAAGAGGUCUCGGGCACCCCACAGCAACAGCAAAAGAAGAAAGCGCGACGACACCCGAAGGCUCAUAGAGAGCAUCUAGGCGAAACGCAACCGGCCGUUCAGACGCAAGGACAUGGGAAAGGCUGGAGACAGACACCAAUCUUGCAGAGCACCGCCUCUUUCCAGCCUUUCACCGCCCUGAGACGAAAUGGAAAGAAUUCAAAGAGUCUCCUGGACAAUGGAUGGGCAUCGGAGGAUGUUACAGAGGAAAUGGGCGAUUUCGAUUUUGAAAACAAUCUGGCCAAGUUUGACAAGCAUAAGAUUUUUGACCAAAUGAGGAAGGAAGAUACCAUUGACGAUGCGAGUCGCCUUGUAGCACAUAACCGCCGGCCCAAGCCUGGAACGGCGGGCGGCAAGAAUCUGCACUACACCGAGAAUGUCCUGGAUUUGCCCUCCACAACGGCCGCGGCAAACGCAGACUACUGGAAUAGUGAAGCAGACGUUGGUGCCAACGGAUCAGAGAAGCUAAGCGGGCGAGAACACAAGAAUGCCAGCCAAACUGGUCGGAGGCCCGACAGCAAAAAUGCUGCUAGGCGCUCCCAGUCCCGCAAAGCAAGCACUGCCGCUCCUGUUGGAAGCCAGCCACUCAGUAGGGUCAACUCUAGUCUGCGGUAUCAAGCGUCUCGCCGAUCUAGCCCCACGACCGGGCACCGCAGCACCGACUAUGAGCAGCAGCAGCAAGAACAUCCUGGGCUGUAUCUUCUGCCUUCAAAUCGACGCGUCGAGACGAUAUCUACGCUUCAGAUGCUGAACAUUGAAAACAUUGCUGCAAAUGAGAUUGGAUUUAGCGAGACGUUGAUGGCGGAAAACGCAGGAAGAGGUGUCGCUGAAGUCGCCGUGGCCGUACUGUCAGACCCUGCCAUGAAAGUUCGGUUUGAGAUGGUCGUAGCGGGACCUUCUAGCGAUGCUUCAGUGCGUUCAUCUACCAUUGUGAUACUUGCGGGCAACCACAAGUCAGGCAUUCGUGCGCUAGCUGCUGCUCGCCAUCUUCGAAACAAGAAUUUUGAUGUCGUCGUAUGUUUGGUCGGCAUUGAGCGCGAGCGAGACUUGCUGGAAGAUUUGAAGAGACAGAUCCAGCUCUAUAGAAAUUUUGGAGGUCGGAUACUAAGCAAGAACGACUUCUUUGAGUAUCUUCGAAAAGGUACCGGAGCGGGUAGUGGCUUAUCAAUCUCCCUCAUCAUCGACGCGUUGCUCGGCCUUACUAUGUCGUUUGAGGAACUGCGAGUCGGUGACCAAGCAUCGGUAUAUGAAUUGAUGGAAUGGGCGAACCGGAAUGACGCAUUCGUACUGGCGAUAGACAUUCCUUCAGGCAUUGAUCCAUCAAACGGUAAUGUGGCUAUCAUCGAUGGAAGUCACCUAUUUGUCAAACCACGCUACGUCGUUGCCAUAGGCGCGCCCAAAAAGGGACUUUUGGAGGCCGUUACGCCACCCCCUGAUGAUGAUACGACCCUGCCAACGAACAUUAUUCAUGAGGACGAGUGGCGGCUGUUUAUUGCCGAUUUGGGCUUGGGAGGCGCCAUCUGGAGAAAGGCUGGCACUAAGAUUCGGAAAGGUAUCGAGUUUGACGGCAAGUGGGUGCUCGAAAUGAAGUAUCGCGGUCCUCAGGAGGAAGAGGAUGAAGAUUAA